AUUGGAACAGAAGGAGUUAACAGAAUUCCUUGGGCCGCUACAUGUGAUCUUACAGACACUUUAAAUUUAGAGUCCCAAAAAAAUAUUACAAUUCUGUUUGAAAUAAAAACAUUCCAUUGAUAGUACUACAUUUGUAGCAACAAUGUAUUUGCGGUUUGCAAAUAGGAAACCGUAUGAGAAACUUCAUCUCUCUACAGCACUUGAAGACUGGGAUAUGAGUGAGGAACUAAAAUUAUCCAUCACAGCGGAUCAGUACUUUGCUGGUGCUGAUGACAAAGUUGAACGGUACACCCUGAGACGUCAGCAUAGUACAGAACUGUCCCCUACAAGGUCAGAGGAAGGUGACUUUCAAGAAUGCAAAUUCCGCCCCAGCCUGUGGCUUGUUGUGGACCCCAACUUGGUGAUUCCAUGCCCUGAGUGGAUCAACCGUAUCCCCCCUGCACCUGAAUUGACCUCUCCACCCUUGCAGCUUCAGAGGCAGCUAUCUGUUGAAUAUUCUACUGUGGAGGAUUCGGAGGAUGAAGCACCAACCUCCUGCAGUGAUCUGAUGACUGAUGAUGACAAUGAUGAUUCUUAUAACCCUUGCCAACCCAAAAACAAGCACAAGAGAGCCAAGUGUCUGGGUAAAAAGCUGAGGGUCCAAAAAGGCUUAACCGAACUGGAAUCAUGGGCUCGCCCCCCACUUAAUUACUGCAACUUAAUCUCGCUUGCACUGAGAAAUAGUGAGGAUGGAUGCCUAAAUGUGCAGCAAAUCUAUAGUUUUGUCAGAGACCACUUUCCAUUUUUCCGGAUUGCUCCAGAUGGCUGGAAGAACACUGUUCGCCAUAACCUUUGUUUCAGUAGUAGCUUUGAAAAGAGUUCUGGUUGGGUUUGUGCAGAUGGACACAGACGUUCUUGCUUGUGGAAACUAACUCGUCAAGGGCGCAGAAAAUUCAGAAAUGAGAUGCAUGCACUAUCUGAUGAUUUGCUGCAUGUGCUAAGGAGAAGCAUGAAAAAACCAGAUGAGAGAUUCCCCAUUGCUAUCUUGCAGCAGGCCCAGGACCUAGAGAGAGAUGGGGUGAAAGCAGCGGAGUCUGGAGAUGUGACAACAGCUAUUCUAAAAUUCAGCGAAGCCAUUGCUCUCCUCCCUGAGCGAGCAUCUGCUUACAACAACAGAGCUCAGGCUCUGAGACUACAAGGGGAUGUGAAAGGUGCUCUGGAAGACUUAAAUAAUGCAGUGGAACUCAGUGGGAUUGUAGGGGUUGCAGGACGCCAGGCCUUGGUACAGCGUGGGUUGAUUCUACGCUUACAGGGAAAGGACGAUGAAGCACGGAGAGACUUCCAGAGAGCUUCCCAGCUAGGCUGUGAUUUUGCCAAACAGCAGCUUAUUCUACUAAAUCCAUAUGCUGCUCUCUGUAACACUAUGCUGAGAGACAUGGUGCAGAAACUGAGCAAACCAAACGGGCACAAAAUUCAAGUAGGAGCAUCCACUAGUCUGGAGGACGACAGGGAAGCAUGAGGCAACACUUGAUCCAAAAUGAGGGUAAAAUAGUAGUAGAUCUAUAUUAUUCAAAGUAUUCAAACAUUCCAGGUACCAAGAGAGUCUGUACAAUGGGCUUCACAUGGGUAAACUCAAGAUAUGUAAUGUUGUAUAAAAAGAUUGUAUAGAAAUGUAUUAAAAAGAAUGUUUCUCCUA